CGCGUUCUGGCUAUAGUUCGGUUUCAGAGAUUGUUCCGCGCGUAUCCUUCACGCUGCUAACGCAAAGCGCAAAGAGCUACGACGCCACACAACAUUUGCUACAACUGCAGCUACCAGCCCAGCCAACCAAGUGUUGUUGUUACAACUCAGAAACGGGAAACGGGUGUAUUACAAACCGUUUUGUAAACCGAAACUACUACUACUUAAACUGCCAACUGGUGUAGUGCACUGCCAGCAAGGAAGUACAAGGAAACCGAAAUAGUAUCCUGCAAAGUACAAAAAGCCCCCCCCACAGUCCCCACUCGAGCGGAUUCUAGUCGAUCGUCGAUCAGCACCAGCUGCGUGAAAACCAAAAACAAAACCAGCCCGCGAACGCCAAGUGCCGGAAAAAGUGUUAUUGUAAAACCCACUUUACCAAAAACAAAAAGACUCGCACCAACAGCAUGUCGGCAUCACCGAUCGCACGUCAGGCUUGCGCCUCCAUCUCCCAGGCCAUCCCGUCCAAGCGGGUACUGAUCCAUGACGCUUCCGAGCUGCCGGACCUGUACUCCUCCACGCCCGGCGGUACCCUGUACUCGACCACACCCGGAGGUACUCGCAUCGUGUACGAGCGUGCCUUCCUGAUGAACCUGAAAAACUCCCCGCUGGCCCGCACGCCGCCAAACAAUGUGCCAAUGAACCUGCUGCGUACGGGCGUUGUCAGCCCGAACACGAAACCAAUGACGACGCUGUCGGUCAAGCAGCAGAAACCUGCCCGGAACUCCCCACCAAAGUACGACGAGCAUCAGGAACAGUUCGACAUGGAUCUGUAAGCGCCUGUUUUGCUGUCUCGUGACUUGCUGGGCCUGGAGAAAGCAGUGGGUGUCGUUCCUUCGUAGCGGCAUUUUUUCAACACCAAUUACAACCGGAAGUGACAUCUGUUGGCCUGGUUCCGCCGGAAUUUGCAAGGAGAAGGAGUAACCACAGAGAGCACAGCAACACAGAGGAAGCAACGACAAGAGCACAUCGGAUGCGGAGAAGAUAUUAUUAUUAAUUCCCCCUAUUAUUUUUGCAAUUUUUCGUUGGUCUUGUUAACUUGUUACGCGCGCGCGCACGUGCGAUUGUUUUUGGAAGGCCGCAGACAAGCGGCCACAGGCGCACACACGCGCGCGUGUGAGUGUGUGUCUUUGAGUAAUAUUAGCAUCUCUGAAUAUUUGUGAGCCGCCAGACAGGGCAGAACAGGGGUUAUCGACCCUUUUACUAACCGACUCGCGCUAACAACGGCACCCAGAGAGAGUAGGCAUCUCGAUAAAUCGUUGGAUGUAGACUUUAUAAGUUUAUCGUUCCUUCGGUAGUAAGAUUAGCAUUCGCAUAUACAUAUGUGUUUUAACGUACGCCCACGGUAGUCACGUAAGCAAAACAAACAAACACACACACAUCCUUUCUGUUUUAGUUUAGUGUUCACAUCACCAGCAAGGGGGACCAGAGAAGGACAGGGCCAUGUUUUGUUUUGUGUACGAUCGGGGAACGAUCGAUCAGAAAUCCCAAAAAGAUAAACCCCAAAACAGCAGGAUCCAGUGACAAGAAGUGUAGGCAGAGCAAGGGUGCGAUCAGUUCGUUACUGUCGAAAGUCGAAAAUCAUUCUCUAGGCUCUAAGCGAAACAAAUGUGGAGGAUGACAAAGAACCUGCCCCUCCCAUGCGAACCGAUCAUCUCACACGUUGGAGCGUUUGUGUGAGUGUGUCGCAUACGAAAGGGAAAGUGGAAAUGCAUUGCAAUGAAUUCUCAGAAUUCAGAUAGCACCAACACACACACCUCACCUUCCUGACGGAUUCGUCCUUUGAGCACAGCUCAUCGGGAAAUCGUAUUCGCUCAAGGAUAGUGUCGUGUAACAUCAGGAUCAUUCGCUCCGGGAAAUGUGAGCUGAUCAUUUUUGUUUCUUUUUUACUUUUGUCUCUUUAGAACGAACCUACUGGUGAUUUGUGAUAAAUGUGAAAGAUUUCAUUGACUGCAAUCAACCGAACCUGGCCUCCCGCAGUGGGAGAAGGCAGAAAAGGAGGUUUAGGGAAGAAAACGGAAUCUUUCAUAGCUUUUGUAUUGUUUAAGUCAAGCGUAUAAUUUUAUUGAAUGUAAGAACUUAUGAAGAAAAUAAUGAAGCAUAAAAAAGAACCUGUUUUGAAACGAGA